AUGAAACCAUCAAUACUGACCGCCUUGGCCCUGAUAGGCACUUCGCAAGGAAUUAACGUUAAUCACGCCAGAUUCGCAAACGACCAAGAUAACGCCGUUCGUAAAUACCUCCCUGAUGUGCCGAGUUACAACAUUUCCAUACCCGUCGACCACUUUGACUCCUCUAAUAAAAACACAUAUCCCAACCGAUACUUCGUGAAUGACACAUAUUACAAACCCGGGGGUCCGGUUAUUUUCUUUGACUUGGGCGAGAGUGGCUUCUCGCCUGAUGCCGCAGCCGACUUCCUCGCCGAGCAUAACAUGACGAGCGCGCCGGUGCGACUGGCCGCCAAAACGAACGGGUUGGUCAUCGGCUGGGAACACAGAUACUACGGAUAUAGUCGCCCCGUGCCCAUGGACGACGAGUCUGGACUUCCGGUAGAUGGCCUUGAAGGCUACAAAUAUUUGACCAUAGAGCAAGCCUUAGAAGAUACUGCCUACUUUGCCAACAACUUUAACAAAACGACGCUCAGUCUCAACUCCAACUUACAAAGCACUGCGAAUCUAGAUCCUUAUCAUACUCCUUGGAUCUUUGUGGGCGGCUCAUAUCCAGGUAUGCGUGCCGCCUGGGCACGACUCAAGCACCCAGACAUCUUUUACGCUUCGUGGGCAUCCAGCGCUCCUGUACAGACACAGGAAGAUGGUUCGAUUUACUAUAACCCAAUUGUGAAGUCAAUGCCUCAAAACUGCACGAAUGACAUCAAAGCUGCCGUCAAGUUUGUUGAUCAAACAUUGUCAUCUGGCUCCACCAUCGCGAUUCAGCAAGUCAAGACAGGAAUCUUUCUGGCCACAAAUAAGAAGGCGACUCUUAACAACUUAGCCGCUGCCCUGCGAUUUUCCAACUUUGAAACCACGGCCGCUUUGACCUAUGCGUUGGCCUUUGGAAGUGCGUUUCAAAGCUUCGGCCCCUACCGCUCCAGCAGAAUCAUGUGCGAUGCCAUGCAAGGGUUUGACGUCGAGACUUUUACUGAAGGGAUUUCCGAGUCUCGUACCAUUGCGGACCAAAAUGAGAUUCUGUUCAAUAAUCCCGGUGGUAAAUCGCCCACCAAGGACGGCAUUGCAGCCAGCAACGGCAACAACGGUGGCGCAUACGCAUUUGCAGCUCUCGUGUACGGCAUGUUCUACGCCCGAAGAAAUAUGAACAAGUUUUUUGAGACGUUGCAAUCCAGCGAGCCAUUUACAAAUCAGAUUGAUGACCUCAGCUGGAGCUGGCAGUCGCUGAGCCAAGCUGGAUUUUUCCAGGGUUCCAACCCCAAUGACAUCAGCGUCAUCAGCAAGUUCUACAACUUUACCGCGGUCCGAGACAUCCAGUUUGAGAAACAAACAUUCAGGGGCUUUUCGUCGUCGAACUUUCCCAAAACACUCAACAACCAGCAGCUUCUCGCCAUGGGAGGAUGGAAUCUCACGGCCAGCAACGUCAUGUUCACAAACGGGGAGUUUGAUCCCUGGCGAUCAUUCUCGGUAGCCAGCCAGGAGAAGGGAGCGCCGAACAGAAAGGUUGUGCAGACGAUACCAAAGUGCAAUGCUCUUCCCCAGGGGAGUGAUGUUUUCGGGCUGGUGUAUGCUGGUGCUGUGCAUGUUGAAGAUAUGGCUACGAGAUUGUACCAGAGGGGCAGCGCGGAGAAGACCACUCCACUACAACAAGGGUUGGAGUUGUUCCUGAAUGCUUGGGAUACCUGGAAGCCUUGCUUUAAUCAGAGCAGAGAUGAUGUGCGCAACGGCCAUGGUGUUGAUGGAAAGGGAAACGGGGCGAAUGGAAGUUCAGAAAAGAACGGCGGGAAAGAUAGCGGCGCUACGGGUGUCAAAGUCUCAGUGAUGAGUGUGUUGGCAAUGACAGUAGUGGCUGCAUUGUUCUCUUCGUUAUAA